GCCAUAAAUAUCAGUUUAAUUUAGCUUCACGCAGUUCAAAGGAUCAAAGGACAAUUGAAGGAAGGAAUAUGUUAGUCUCAGUAGCCUCAAUUUGCCAAUUUCGUGUGCCAAAAGCUUCCCAUGUUUAUGAACAUUCCACAGUGAAAAAGCCCAUCUGGAGAUGGAGACAGAGAAGCCCUGUUAUCAGAUGUUGUAAUAGAAAAGAGGCAGUGGAAACGAAGAUGGAGAAGAAUUACUAUGAACUGCUUGGCGUUUCUGUUGAUUCAGAACCCUUGGAAAUUAAAGAAGCUUAUAGGAAAUUGCAAAAGAAGUACCACCCUGAUAUUGCAGGCCAAGAGGGUCAUGAGCAUACUCUAUUGCUGAAUGAAGCAUACAAGGUUCUGAUGAGGGAAGAUUUGAGGAGGAAAUAUGAUGCUUCCAUUGGUCAAAUGAGAGCAUUCUUCAGCGGGGACAUGUCUGGUUUGGGUUAUAGCUCAUGGGAUGGAUCCUUGAGAUCCAAAGCUUUAUUUGUUGAUGGAAAUGCAUGCAUAGGUUGCAGAGAAUGUGUGCACCAUGCAAGCAACACAUUCGUGAUGGAUGAAGCACUUGGAUGUGCACGGGUUAAAGUACAGUAUGGAGACGACGAACAAAAACUUGAGGUAUCAGUAGAUUCUUGCCCUGUGAACUGCAUUUACUGGGUGGAUAGAGAAGAACUUCCGGUGCUUGAGUUCCUUGUUCAACCUCAGCCUAAAGAAGGUUAUGGUGUAUUUGGAGGUGGCUGGGAAAGGCCUAAAAAUGUCUUUGCGGCAGCUGAAUCCUUCAGCAAACAACUGAAAAAUCAGACAGCCAAUCAACACCAGAGAAACACCCAUUUCACUGUUGAAGAAGAAACCCCUGCUCAAGCUGAGGCACGAGUUAAUGCAAGCAAGAAAAUAAACGCAGGGAGAUUUUCAAGGCUAUGGGACUGGGCAAAACGAGCCUUCCAGAAGGAUAUGUGAUAGAACAGAGUAAAAUAUACAGACAGCAAAAUGAUCACUUUAGAACUUUUUUUUUUUUUUUUUUUUUGAGUCAAUUUUACAAUGAUUACAUAGAAAAACUUAAGGAACACAAAGGGAGUGAAAGGAUCCGAGUAUAGGUGUAAGGGUGCCAUAAGAAAGACUGUACAUAAGGCACAGGUUCAUCCAUGUAGAAAAAUACUUAGCAGUGAUCAUGUUUUGUUCUCCAGUUUAGCCAUUACUCAAAAAGAAAUUACUCCAAUAAUGGCUAAUAUCUUGACGGCCUAUUUGUAAAUUCUGUAACAAUUAAUUAAAGUUGUUAUUUAUAUGA